AUGAUUUCGCAAGUCUUUAUCUUGACGUCUCGUGGCGACACGAUCGUGUCCCGCAACUAUCGUCCAGAUGUUGUUCGAGGCACCCCGGAGAUUUUCUUCCGCAAGCUCAAGUCCUGGAGCACAGAGCCGCCUCCAGUUUUUUCCAUUGAGGACAUUCACUUCCUGCACAUCAAGCGCAAUGGCCUCUACUUUGUGUGCACGACCAAGUUCAAUGUGUCGCCCGCCAUGACCCUAGAGCUCCUCCAACGCGUGUCGGGCCUGAUCAAGGACUACUGCGGCGUGCUGUCUGAGGAGAGCAUGCGCGUCAACUUUGUCCUCGUCUACGAGCUUCUCGAUGAAAUUAUCGACUUUGGCUAUGGGCAGAACACGGCGACCGAGGCGCUGCGGGCGCACAUCUACAAGGACCCCGUCUCCCUCGCCCCCGUGGAGAAGCCCACGCUUCGCGGCAUGGAGCGAAAGAAGUCGAAACCAAGCUCUGCGCCGAACAAGCCCAUCUCCCUGCGGCGGCGGGUGCACGACCAAGACGCGAAGAACGAGAUCUACCUUGACCUCCUCGAACGCCUCACGGUCCUCUUUGACAAGAACGGAAG